AAAUAUUAUUUUCUACUUCAACACUUUGGUUCUUUCUUCAACACUCUUCUUUUUGUGAUUUCUCCAGUCUACCAUUUAACACACCACAAAUCGCGUCCUGAUUUCGUUCUUCUCCCUCUCCAUCACUGCCAUUUUCCCUCGCCGGCUCCCCUCCAUCUUCCGUUUUCCGGUCUUUUAACUUCAGAUCAUACGGCGGCAGAAUUUAUGGCGGGAUACUCCUCCACUGCUUCUGACAAGAAAUCGUCUGAUUUGGCCGACGAUAUACCGAUCUUCAAUGCUGAAAAUUUGCAAAACAACUUGAAGAUCAUAUAUUACAGCCGGACGUUUUUGUCUAUAAUUGGUGGAGUAAUUGCUGGAGUUUUGGGAUUCACUGGCCUGACUGGAUUUAUAUUUUAUUUCCUAGUCAUGGCAAUUACUUCAGUUGCACUUGCAGCUAAGGCUGGAUUUUCCUUUCAUUCAUAUUUUGAAAGCUGUAACCAGAUUCUAUUCGAUGGCUUUCUCAGUGGACUUAUGUCGUUCGUGCUUUUCUGGACUUUUGCGUACGAUAUCGUUCAUAUAUUCUGAGUCCAAAUGCUGGCAGGAAUUGGAAAUUCUAGAGGUAGCUGCAGCUCUGUACAAUUCGACUCAAGAACGGGGAGUUCCAAAGGAGUAAAUGAACUUUUGUUCUUCAAAAAUGACAACUAGAUUGAGUUAUAUCUUUUGACCCUUUUUCACCUUAAUGAUAUUGUGUUAAGUUUCUUUCUAAUCCUUCAUUACUAUGUUUAGAAUCUUAGAAGAGCGAGGCAUUUUCUAGUGAUGGGCAUAGAUUUUCUUAAUUCUUUCUAGUUUUUUAAGUUCUUGAGCUUUUAUUCUGAACUGAUAUAUUUAAUUCAUCCGUGUUCUUAUAAAUAGUUCACGAGACAAUUCAGAACCCACAGUGGUAGCUUGCUUGAUCGAAGUGAUCAUUAAUAA